AUGGCUUGGGCGCUCGUGACGCCCUCAUCCAGAGGCAUUGGCUUCGCUUUGACCCGUCAUCUGAUGCGGACAUUGCCUACGAGCGUGCCUGUUGUUGCGACGGCACGUUCGGAUCUGGCGGGCGUCAAGGAGAGGCUUCUCUCGUCGCUGGAGCUGUCUGGAUCACAGGCAUCACGCCUUGACGUGCAGGAGUGCGACGUGCUUUCCGAGGCUUCGAUUUCGAGGUUGGCUCAGUAUUGUAAGGAUCGAUACCACGACAAAUCCAAAGAAAAGAACGCUCAUCUACGCAUGGGGUUCCUGAUACCUGGCAUGUUAAUACCCGAGAGAGCGCCAGAUAAGAUUGAAUAUGACGCCGCGCUGCAGACGCUCAAACUCAAUCUUCUGGCACCCAUGAUGCUGGUGAAACACUUCGCCAGCUUCCUCCCGCGCAAGUCGACAAAGUUGGUAACUGAGGAGGGGUUACCCAAUUUGGCUGUGCUGGCACUGAUGAGCGCCAGAGUCGGAUCGAUCACGGACAAUCAAUUAGGAGGAUGGUACAGCUAUCGGGCUUCCAAGGCUGGAGUCAAUCAAGUGGUCAGGUCCACAGACAUCUUUCUGAAGAUGCAGAGCGGACACAGCGCCAUGUGCGUCGGACUGCAUCCUGGAACGGUCAAAACCAGUUUGAGUCAGGAAUUUUGGAACAGCACGCCACGAGAGAAGCUGUUCAGCCCCGAGUUCAGUGCACAGAGGCUGAUAGACGUCGUCAACGGGCUGGAGGAAAGUAGCCGGGGGAAAUGCUGGGAUUGGAAUGGGCAGGAGAUCCCCCCGUAA